AUGGACCAGAACUUCUACCACGAGAGUAUGGGCUCUAGCAUUGGCCCCGGCUUAAGUCAUGAGGUUCCUCGGCUAGACCCCAAUGUCGGAUUCAUGUAUGCUUCAGCCACUGCCAACGAUAUGUAUGCCGAUCCCGCGUUGCAGCAUCAUCUACCCACAGGUCGCGAUGUAUCCAUUCCCGAUGCCCCGCCGCCUGACUCCUACUACAACAACUUUGAGGGAAUGGUCACACCUGAUAGCAUCGCGCCUCAACCCGAGUAUGUUCAACAGGCACCAAUCGUUGAUGACAGCGAGGCAUUUGGAACAGAGGCGGACGCUGAGGGUGAAGACGACGAUACUGAAGCAAUGUAUCACGCGCAUGACUACCAGGCACCAGUCGUUGAUACCGACAACAUACUGGGGACCGACGCGGACGCCGAGGGCGAAGAGGACGAUCUUGAGGUUUUGAAAUCCUACGAGUACUGGAAGAUUCUUCUCAACUUUGAGAUACCCGAUCACACCCAAACCCACAUCAACAACAUUCCUCAUCUGCAAGCCCUGUACGACACCUACCUCGACAACUACCGCCCACAGUCGCCAACAUCAGUUUUCACACGCAUGCAAUACGCCAAGGCCCUCGUAUUCGCCCUCCUCACCCACUACUACCCUACCUCACAAGGCUACACCGUCACGCCCACCUCACUCGGUCCGGUCGCCGCCAACGGUAUGAGCUUCAUCCUCGCCGCCCCAGACAACUCAGACAUCUAUACCAAGGCCCCCCCGUACAAACCCAAGGCUCCCAAGAAGUCGAAGUCGAAACCGAAGAAAAAGAAGAGUGCACCCACGCAAGCAGAGCUGCAAGCGGAACGCAGAGUAGAGCGCGAAGCAAAGGCUCACAAGGUUUUAUGUGAUAUUAUAUGGCUUUCAAACCUCAACUACGAUAUCUUUCCCCAUGAGCGUAUGGCCGCUUUUGUCGUUUGCCGCAAGACGGCCGCCACGAACCUUGGUACAGCAGAGUCUGGUUCUACGGUUAGGUUUGAGUGGACACCGUACACUUACUCCGCAAUCAUGAUACCUGAAUGGGAUACUCUGCCCACCUAUUCCUCCACCAACUCCUUACACCGCGGCGACGUUCUCCUCGACGCCAUGUGCCGGGGUGGAAAUGUUAAAGACGGUAUUGGUAUCUUGCUUUACGGUCCGCUGCUGGAGUUUUAUAACUUUGAUGCGGGUGCUGAGUGGGCGUACCAGGAGGACGAGGAUGAGGAUGGUGAUGAGGAUGGGAAUGAUAAGCGAUGCCAGGAUACAGAGCCAAAGAUGGAGGUGAUUGAGGCUGGGGAGGACAAGUUGGCGUUUGAUGUGAGGGAUACGGGAUUGGGGGAGGUGGAUGGGGCUUUCAGGGUUAUUGGGGAGAGGGAGGUUAGGUCUAGGGACGUUUGA